AUGGCAGAAGAAUAUCUUUACGGAAUAACUCUUCAAGGAGCUAAUGCCAGUGAAGUUUGGGAUCCUGAGCAUAAAAAUGAUGAUGCGGAUGGAGGUAACCAGCAUUUUGGAGUUGACCAAAAACUCAUCAUCAAAAUGGCUUUAUUGGGACCAGAAGCUAAACCCGGUGAACUCAAUGUUCUUCAAGUCGAAGCAAUGGGAUUGAAAGGAUUAAUAAAAAUACCAAUUGCUUUAUUGGAAAGAGGAAAAACCGAACAAAUUAUUUUGGAUCUUAGUUUUCCUGAUCCACCAGUUACUUUUUCAUUAGUUAAAGGUAGUGGACCUCUUCACAUAGUGGGACACAAUUUGUUGGGGACACACAUGGAAGAAUUUGACGACUUGGAGGAGGAAAUGGACGAGGAAAACAUGGAAGAUGAGGAUGAGGAAAAGGCAUCACAAAAGAAACGAAAGCAAACCGCGGAUGGUAAAAAAAAUGGCACCAAACGCGCCAAGAUGGAUGAAGCAAUAGACAAGUAA